AGAGCGCUGGGUAAGGAGAGGAAAGGGAGAGACAUGGAACUUGGCCGGUCUGCAGGGAAAUGCCACUGUUUUGGGCGGGAGUAGGGGGGCAGGAGGGGCGGGAGUGGCGGGAGAGGGGGUGGCCGGCUGGGGAGGAGCCAGCCUGGUGGAGAAGCUGCCCUGUGGGCGGGGGUGAAGAGGGGAGGGCUGUGGUCGUCAGGCAGGAAGGAGGGGUGGCCUGACCCCUCGGCAGUCCCUCCCCUCAGCCUUUCCCCAAAUUGCUACUUCCCUGGGGCUCCAGGUCCCGCUUGUGCUCAGCUCCAGCUCACCGGCUGGCCACCGAGACCUCUGGACAGGGAACUGCACCAUCCUCUUCUCCCAGCAAGGGGGCUCCAGAGACUGCCCACCCAGGAAGUCUGGUGGCCUGGGGAUUUGGACAGUGCCUUGGUAAUGACCAGGGCUCCAGGAAGAGAUGUCCUUGUGGCUGGGGGCCCCUGUGCCUGACAUUCCUCCUGACUCUGCGGUGGAGCUGUGGAAGCCAGGCGCACAGGAUGCAAGCAGCCAGGCCCAGGGAGGCAGCAGCUGCAUCCUCAGAGAGGAAGCCAGGAUGCCCCACUCUGCCGGGGGUACUGCAGGGGUGGGGCUGGAGGCUGCAGAGCCCACAGCCCUGCUCACCAGGGCAGAGCCCCCUUCAGAACCCACAGAGAUCCGUCCACUAAAGCGGAAAAAGGGGCCAGCCCCCAAAAUGCUGGGGAACGAGCUAUGCAGCGUGUGUGGGGACAAGGCCUCUGGCUUCCACUACAAUGUUCUGAGCUGCGAGGGCUGCAAGGGAUUCUUCCGCCGCAGCGUCAUCAAGGGAGCGCGCUACGUCUGCCACAGUGGCGGCCACUGCCCCAUGGAUACCUAUAUGCGUCGCAAGUGCCAGGAGUGUCGGCUUCGCAAAUGCCGCCAGGCUGGCAUGCGGGAGGAGUGUGUCCUGUCAGAAGAACAGAUCCGCCUGAAGAAACUGAAGCGGCAAGAGGAGGAACAGGCUCAUGCCACAUCCCUGCCCCCCAGGGCUUCCUCACCCCCCCAAAUCCUGCCCCAGCUCAGCCCGGAGCAACUGGGCAUGAUCGAGAAGCUGGUUGCUGCCCAGCAACAGUGUAACCAGCGCUCCUUUUCUGACCGACUUCGAGUCACGCCUUGGCCCAUGGCACCAGAUCCCCAUAGCCGGGAGGCCCGUCAGCAGCGCUUUGCCCACUUCACUGAGCUGGCCAUCGUCUCUGUGCAGGAGAUAGUUGACUUUGCUAAACAGCUACCCGGCUUCCUGCAGCUCAGCCGGGAGGACCAGAUUGCCCUGCUGAAGACCUCUGCGAUCGAGGUGAUGCUUCUGGAGACAUCUCGGAGGUACAACCCUGGGAGUGAGAGUAUCACCUUCCUCAAGGAUUUCAGUUAUAACCGGGAAGACUUUGCCAAAGCAGGGCUGCAAGUGGAAUUCAUCAACCCCAUCUUCGAGUUCUCCAGGGCCAUGAAUGAGCUGCAACUCAAUGAUGCCGAGUUUGCUUUACUCAUUGCUAUCAGCAUCUUCUCUGCAGACCGGCCCAACGUGCAGGACCAGCUCCAGGUAGAGAGGCUGCAGCACACAUAUGUGGAAGCCCUGCAUGCCUACGUCUCCAUCCACCAUCCCCAUGACCGACUGAUGUUCCCACGGAUGCUAAUGAAACUGGUGAGCCUCCGGACCCUGAGCAGCGUCCACUCAGAGCAAGUGUUUGCACUGCGUCUGCAGGACAAAAAGCUCCCACCGCUGCUCUCUGAGAUCUGGGAUGUGCACGAAUGACUGUUCUUCCCCCAUAUUUUCUGUUUUCUUGGCUGGAUGGCUGAGGCCUGAUGGCUGCCUCCUAGAAGUGGAACAGACUGAGAAGGGCAAACAUUACUGGGAGCUGGGCAAGGAGAUCCUCCCGUGGCAUUAAAAGAGAGUCAAAGGGU